AUGUUGGCGAAGCCCAAGAGUGUCAAAAUCCGCAGAUUGGGCGGUGAUCGCAAAUACGGGGUGGCGGGGAGAAGCCUGAAAGAGGUGCUGUCCAAAGCCUGCGUCCUUCUUAAGCUUCCUGUUUCCAACUGCCGGCUGUGUUUGUAUGACGAUGGCACAGAGGUGACAGAAAGCUAUUUCGGUAACGUUCCAGAUAACACCGAGCUUAUCUUGUUAGCUCAAGGCGAGAUCUGGCAAGGCUACGUGAGCGAGAUCCUGCUCUUUCUCAAGGCAUCUUCCAGGCAGAUGGAUGAUAUCAUUCAGGUGGCGCGGGGGCUUCUCUCCGAGGAGGAAGCCCCCAAGCGGCGGAAGCUGCUGGUGGACCUCAUCCAGAACCUCAGUGACAAUAUUUCCGCCGAAAGUAGAGAGGAGGAUGAGAAGUGGUUUGAAGGGGUUGAAUCUCGCUUUAAGACAAAAUCUAGUUACAUGCGCUACAGUUGCGAGAGCAGAAUCCGAGGCUACUUGAAAGAGGCUACCAGUUACGCCUCUGCUAUCCAUCCGGCCGCCCAAGCCAAAUAUAAAAUGCUUGUGGAAGCAAUGGUGGAGAAACUGAAGUCGGAGAGAUACAACGGCUGUUAUUUUGACAGAAGGGAAGAUGAGAAGGUGUGUCUUUGCACGACAGAGGGCUGGUUCUCCUGUCAAGGCCCUUUUGACAAGGAAAGCUGUCCUAGCAGACACUCCAUCAAUCCCUACGGGAACCGGGAAAGCAGGAUCCUCUUCAGCACCUGGAAUCUCGAUCAUGUAAUAGAAAAGAAACGGACUAUCCUCCCGACGUUAGCUGAAGCCAUCAUGGCCCACGAUGGAAAGGAAGUCAACUGGGAAUAUUUCUACCAGCUGUUGUUCACUGUCGAUAACUUGAACCUCGUACACAUCGCCUGCCACAAGAAAGCCACCCAUAACCUUAGCUGUGACAAAACCAAGAUCUACCGAAAACGAAGACGCCUCCGGAUCCCGGAGAAACGCAUUCGGAAAGUAGUUUGCCAGAAGUCGGUUUCCUAA